AUGGCAGACGACUGUGAUGGUGCCAAAGGACACGAUGGUUUCGAAGGGCAAGCUGGUGUCGGUGCCGAUUCCGCUGCUGCGGCUUCUAUUAAGGACGAUGGAGACAGCAUUUACCACCGUUUGAUCAAGGAGCAGCGGCUCGAGCUGGAGCAGCUCAAGAGGGCGGCGAGGGAGGCUUCACCCAGUCGCAGCAAGAUUAGGCAUGCGCUAGAGCGACCUUCCUCCGCCACCCUUAACGGCGCCGAAGACACGCUACCACCGUCACCCACGAGCAUUACCAGACAACGGAUAGUAUACAGCGAUACCCACGUCAGUGACGGCGGCGGCGGUGACCGUGGUGAUGUUACCGGUAGUGCAUCGUAUGUUGGGGAGCUUUCGGCGGGAGGCCGGCACAAUUACGGCAGUAGCACCGCCGAUGGUGAUCGCCUCGGCGGCGGAGCCGGGGUCCAGCGGUAUGCCGGAGUCGGCGACAUUGGUGGAGGUUUCUUGGCGGCGAUAACGCGAGAGAGGACGGAUAAGUCUCGGGGUGGGGCCGGUACCACACGCGGGGGAGAGGAGAGCGGCGGCCGUGCUAGCGCGGAAGGCUUUGGCGGCGACAGCGGGCGAUCCUUGCGAGGCGUUCGUGACCCUUUCAAGGCCGUUGCGGAUAGCGGCACAGGCCGAAGUGGCAGCAGGGGUGCUGUAGACGCGCAAGGUGUUGUUUUUUCGGCAGCCGACAACUACCACGCCGAGGAAAGGUCUUCUGGGGGCACCGCAGUUGGGUUUGACCCAAUGCAGACUGGCGGCGGUGGUGGUGGUAACGUUUCCCGGCGACGGGAAGAACAACCCCCAGUCGAGAAGCAGCCAUCAUUGACGGCCAUGUCGCGGCGUGGGAGUAGAGGCGACGAGAAGAUCACCACGGCGGCCGCUUAUGCUACGGGCGAGGCUUCCGGUACCGCCCCGAAGGCGCACGCAACACCGGGAACGACGGCCGUGCGUUUCGCCGGCGGUGACGGCGCGUCCGCCAUCGCGAACGAGGCCCUCACAUCGCCCGACCGGGGGCUCCACUCCGUCUUCGGCGCUGUCCCCGGCGCCGCUUCAGCCUUCGGCAAUGUGGAAGAAGGUAGUGGUACCAGAGGGCAUGGCGGCGGCCGCGCGCGGACCCGUACGCUGUCGGCUGCCGCCGCGGACGGAGUCGGACCCGUUGCAGGGCCCCGGUCCGGUGACGGUGUCGUCGGCGGUGGUGUCGGCUUCGAGCCGGCCGACAACGGCCGCAGCGACAUGGGCCCGCCGGCAGCCAUCGAACCGCCGCUGCCCCCGGCUACCAAACAGGCCCACGUCAAGGGUUACGCCGACAGCAGCUUCGUCGGGCGUAAGGCCGCAGAAUCCCCCUCGCGCCACCGCAAGGUCAACGAUUACGCGACCGUCGGGUUGGUGGAGCGCGAGGGCGGUGCGGGCGGGCGUUUUUUGGGGAGUUCUUGGGCUGGCGUGGGCGGCAGCAGCGGCGGUUACCAGCUUGGUGGCCUGGCGGCGGCGGGUAAAGGUGGUGAUGCUUUCAGAAGCGCGUCAUGGGCGGAAAAGCUUGUAACCAAGCGGGAGGAGCAGAGCGUGUUGGUGAAGCAACUGGAGCGCGAGCUGGCUUCGACGGUUUCUGCCCUAAAGGACGAGAGGCGUGAGAGGAGGGGGCAGACCGAAACGCUCAGGCGCAAGCUCGAGGAAACCAGGGCCACCGUGGGUGACAGAGAGGCCGAGCUCCAGAGACGAGAGCGCAUGACAACGACUCUGAUGGGAGAGCUGGAGGCUCUGCAGUCUCGCUGCGACAGGCUGGUUGCCUCACGAGAGGAGAGGGCCGAAGAGGCGGACAAGACCAUGGCCCGACUCCGUGAGGAUAACCGCGAGCUGGAGGCUAGGUUGAGGCAGGCGGAUGCUGCCGCCGCGGAGGCGCGGUCAGCUCGGGCAGGGGCGGACGCGGAAAGAGUGCGGAUGGAGAGAGACUUACACUCCGCGCUAGCAAAGGUAACGUCACUCGAGAAAAGCGCGGAGGAAGAAGCGGGCGCUGCGACGGCCGCGGCAGACAGGGCGGUUAGGGACCUUCGCGACUCGAAAGGGGAGUGCGAGGAGCUGCGGUCAGAACUGGAGACCCUGCGGAGGCGUGUAGAGGAGGAGGGGACCGGGCGUGAUGUCAGCUCCCUGCGGGCACAGGUGGCGGACCUGGAACGGCUCCUGGAGACAGCAAACCAGAGAUGCGUGGCUCUCGAAGCUAGGCUGGGUUUGCUAGAGAAGGAGCUGAUGGAGGCGGAAGGGGGCGAGGUGGAAGCACGCGCGCGGCUGAGAUGGGCGUUAGGCCAGCUGGGGGAACCUACCCCUACUCCUCCCGGGCAGCCGCGCGAGCGCCGAGACACGCAGAGAUCCCCCAAUGGAGGUGGGGUCGGCCGGGGGUCGGCCGACAACGGGAUCGCCGGCGACCCUUCGGGGCAAGCCAGCGGUGACGCCGCGGGGCCUUUAGAACGGACGCCAGGGUCGUGGGAACGACCUCUGCGGUUACUCUCCUCGCCACGAAGCGACGAAGCGAAGGUGCCUAGCGCCGGGGAAGGGUUCGGCGGCGGUGGUAGUGACGACGGCGGGGGAAUCCUUCCUGGGGGGCGCGGGGGUAGCGAGGGAGAAGCCGAUGCGGCGGCUUCCGCUGACGCGGUGGCGGCGGUGAUGGUCGGAGGAGCGGAGGAGACGGAGUACCGAGAACCCAACUGGCGGAGCUUGGUCCCCGCCUUGUUUCCCCCCGGAUGGCGCGACUUCGCGGCUGGAGAACUCGGCGCUGGUAAAUCCGUCGAAGUUGCGGUCCAGCCGGCGGCGGUGGGGGCCGCCUACGUGGACCGGCCCGACGGGGCUGUUGUUGACCGGCCGGCGGCUACACUGGGCAGUGGGUUUGCGAGGGAUGAGGCGGGAGGGGUGCGGGGGCGACAAGACAGCGAUGGCGCUGCCGCCGGUUUUGAUGCCACCACACGAGCUGGGGCUCGGCGGUUUGGGGGAGGGCCGGCGUCGCCGGCAGGGGAAACCGCCGAGAUGGAUCAUGAUGGUGAUGGUGCGUCGGAAGAGAGAAGAGAGGCCACGCUGGACCACUUGACGGCGGAGGAGCGCAGUUUCGCGCUGGAGGGAGGCGUGGGAAUGGAGUACGGAGAGUGGCGGCACGAAGAUAGCCACGGGCAGCUGUACGACGGGAUGGGGCUAGCAGAGGAUAUCUCUGGUACGGAAGAUGGCGAUGGCGGCGGCUUCGAGACGGAAGGACACAGGGUGCUCCGUUACGGACACGGUGCAGUAGACGAUGACGCCGUUUUCCCCGGCGGGCAUGGGUCGACGUCCCGCCUAGGAAAUUUCCAAGAUUUUUCCCGGCGGCGACAGCCAGCCGCCGUCAGAGCAAGCUCACUCGAGCCUCGCGGCCAGACAGGUGGGAGGGGGGCGGGCGUAGUCGCGCCGAGCUCCCACAGGGCGGGUACCCGGCGUGCUCGCGCGGACCCCUCCGCCCGAAGUCGCCGCCCGCAAGCCAGGGAGCCAACGCGAGCCUCUCCGUCUCCUCGCACACGACCGAACGGCGCCAGAAGGACGCAGGCAUCGUUUUCUUCUUCCGCCGGCCGGGAGGUCCGGGGUAGUAGUAACGCCCCCCGGCAACAAAGAGUCAGCGUCCGCGUCCCCGGCGCCCGUGCUGCUACCACGCUACCGGACACCAGGCACGGUAGGCCUCCCCGCUCCGCUACCGGUACCGGCGCGCGUGGGCGACGGCACCUGAGCGCCCCGCCUUCGCACCGGGCGCAGCCGUGGGUCAAGACGAAGAAGAAGGGCGGGGCGGUCGGGAGUUCCUUUGCCGUGGGAGGCGGGGGAGGGCACCUGGCGGACACCACGGACGUAUCGCUCGGCAGCGUGUCGAAUCCACGGCGAACAGCGGCGCACGGUAGUCCUUCCGUCGUUGACGUUAACCCUGGCGUUGGACCCAGCGGUGCGACUCGGCGUAGCGGUGGCGGCAAGAACUUCGCGGGGAGGUAUUCUUCGCAACGUGAUAGCUUUAGAAGUAGCGGUGCUAGUGGCACCGUUACGGCGGUGAGCAGAGGGCCGCCAGCGGCGUCGGCGUCGGCGUCGGAACGCACCCCACGGGAGAGAGCCUCGACACGUUUGGCAUCGGCAAGGUCGGGCGGCGGCGGUGGUGGCGGCGCCAGGGAGCACGUGUCGUUGAUGCGGAGGAGGCGGGGACUGAGGUCGAGUUUGGCGCCGUCGCGUACGAGCCCGGGGCCUGGUGGUGGUGACCGGAGGCUGGGAAGGGGUGGCAGCGGGGGUGGGUUGGCAGGGGCCGCGGUAAACAGCAGCACCUGCAGCAGCAUCCGCGCCUGGAAGCCGUAG